AUGGCAACCACAGAGCUCUAUACAAAGGGGGCAUGUGUGUGGGUGCCAGACCCAGAAGCUGUGUGGGUGUCUGCCCAGCUGCUUCAAAACUAUCGGCCUGGAGACCAGCACAUACCAAUCCAACUCACUGAUGGCAGAGAGAUGGAGUAUCCAGUAUUGCCUCCGGCAGGUCUUCCCCCUCUAGGUAACCCUGAUAUUUUGGAGGGAGAGAAUGACCUCACGGCUCUAACCUUCCUCCACGAGCCAGCGGUACUUCACAACUUGCGAGUGCGCUUUCUCGACUACAGUAGCAUUUACACCUACUGCGGGAUUGUGUUGGUGGCAUUAAAUCCAUAUGAACAGUUGCCCAUCUAUGGAGAAGAGGUGAUCGACGCUUACAGCGGCCAAGACAUGGCUGAUAUGGAGCCACACAUCUUUUCUGUGGCUGAAGAGACGUACCGAACUAUGAUCAGAGAGGAAAAAAACCAAUCCAUCAUAAUCAGUGGAGAAUCAGGCUCAGGUAAAACUGUAUCUGCUAAGUUCACCAUGCGUUACUUCGCUGUCGUGGGUGGUGCGGCCCAGCAGACCAGUGUGGAGGAGAAAGUUCUGGCAUCCAAUCCCAUCAUGGAGGCAAUUGGUAAUGCAAAAACAACCAGAAACGACAACAGCAGCCGUUUUGGGAAGUAUAUCGAGAUAGGAUUUGGAUGUAAAGGGGAUAUAAUUGGGGCAAACAUGAGGACCUACUUGUUGGAGAAAUCAAGAGUUGUUUUUCAGGCAGCUCAAGAGAGAAACUACCACAUCUUCUACCAGCUUUGUGCUUCCAGGGAUUUGCCAGAGUUGAGGACACUCAAACUUGAUUCUGCAGAGAACUUUCAUUACACCAACCAAGGACAAGAUGUGCACAUUUUUGGCACAGAUGAUGUGGUUGAGCUAGAGCGGACAAGAAAUGCCUUUACUAUUCUUGGAGUGCAGCCUGACCAGCAGAUGGAGAUAUUUCAUAUACUGGCAGCUAUUCUUCAUCUGGGGAAUGUCAACAUACAAGCCAGCGGUCGUGGUGGGGACCGCAGCUACAUUGAUGCCAACGACCGUUCCUUGGCCAUCUUUGCCAAGCUUUUAGGGGUGGAAGGUGCUCAGAUGGCCCAAUGGCUAUGCCACAGGCGACUAGCAGUGGGUGGGGAAAUGCUUGUGAAGCCCAUGACGGGCCAGCAGGCUAAUGAAGCAAGGGAUGCUCUGGCUAAGCAUGUGUACGAGCAACUGUUCACAUGGACGGUGCAGAGGCUCAACUCAUCCUUAAGAACACACCGGGAACAGCCCAAAUCUUUUAUAGGAGUUCUUGAUAUCUAUGGGUUUGAGACUUUUGACAGGAAUAGUUUUGAACAAUUCUGUAUUAACUACGCAAAUGAGAAACUCCAACAGCAGUUCAACAGGUAUGUUUUCCAGCUAGAGCAGGAGGAGUACCUGCGAGAGGAACUUCCCUGGAACCGUAUUGAGUUCAGUGAUAACCAGCCAUGCAUUGCACUCAUCGAAGGCCAACUGGGCCUACUUGAUCUUCUGGAUGAAGAAUGCAGAAUGCCUAAAGGCUCGAAUGAGAACUGGGCUCGGAAGCUUUACGACCAACACCUGAACCACAGCCCUCACUUUCUUAAACCACGCAUGUCCAACUCUGCCUUCAUCGUUGUGCAUUUUGCUGAUAUGGUCCAGUACGAGUGUGAUGGCUUUUUAGACAAGAACCGAGACACUGUAUUUGAGGAGCCCAUCAAUAUACUGAGAGCUAGUCAGUCAGAACUAGUUGCUGAGUUGUUUCAGAAGGAGUCAGCAGGGGGAUCCCUUCCCAACUCCUCUCUUGCAAACGGGAGCAUACGUUCAGGGAAGAGAGCUCACAGAGAACACAAAUUAACUGUGGGCUUUCAGUUUCGUCAAUCCCUGCAACUUUUGAUGGACACCUUGAACAGCACCACCCCGCAUUAUGUCCGCUGCAUAAAGUCCAAUGACCUCAAACAGCCCUUUCUUUUUGAUCCCAAGCGAGCAGUGCAGCAAUUGCGAGCAUGUGGAGUCUUGGAGACCAUCCGAAUCAGUGCCGCAGGCUACCCCUCCAGGUGGACAUACGAGGAAUUCUACACUCGUUAUCGGGUGCUGCUAUGUGGUUCUGUUUCUUUGGAUGAUGUGCACCAUUCCUGCCAGAGUGCCCUUCUCGAUCUCAUCCCUGAUCCAGAGCAGUACUGCUUUGGCAAGACCAAGGUCUUCUUCCGGGCCGGACAGGUUGCAGUACUGGAGAAGCUGAGAGGGGAUCGGUUACAUGCAGCAGGGGUUUUGAUCCAAAGCUGGGUGAGAGGGUGGCUGCAGCGUAGGCAUUAUCAGCGACUCCGGUGGGCCACCUUCACCCUACAGCAGUACAUCAGAGGAACACUGGCCCGAAGGUUGGCAUGGACCCUCCGUUAUACACGUGCUGCUUUAAUCAUCCAGAAAACAUACCGCAUGCUGGCUGUGCGACAGCUUUAUUUGACCAUCAGAGAGGCCACCAUCAAAAUCCAAGCCUUCAUCAGAGGCACUCAGGCUCGUCGGAUUUAUAGACAGAUGCUGACAAAGCGGGCGGUGGUGUUCUUGCAGGCGCGGGUGCGAGGCUGGCUGACCCGGCGCAGUUUCAGGCGCAUCAGAGCUGCAGUGGUGCUCCUGCAGUGCUGCGUGCGCAGGCGAGCGGCGCGUAAAGAGCUGUUGCACCUGCGUGCUGAGGCUCGAUCGGUGGAGAAAUAUAGAGAACUCAAUAAAGGCAUGGAAGUCAAGCUCAUGCAACUGCAGCUACGAGCCGACCAACAGGCGAGAGAGAGUGCGUCUCUCAGGGAGACUCUUCAGGCCGAGCGAGAAGCUCACAGCUGUGAGCUGGAACAGCUGCGGUCCAGCCUUCUCAAACUCCAGAUCCAGCUGCAGGAGAAUGCAAACACUGCUCCUUCACUCACAGACGAACAGGAGGAGGACCGGAGGAGAGCUGAGGAGAAAGCCGCCCAAGAGAUUCUCCAGCUUACACAGGAAAUCCAAGCUCUCCAAGCUGAGAGGGAUUCUUUGGAGAAAGAGAGGGAUGAUCUGACCAUUCGUUUACAGGAUCAGGAAAAAGCUCAGGAGGAGAGCUGCCAGCAGACUGUGGAUCAGGCAGAUGCAUCAGUGCGAGCAGAGCUGGAAGAGGAGAGGAGGAGAUACCAGAGUUUACUGAGAGAGUUCACGAGACUAGAGCAAAGAUACGACAACCUGAGAGACAUGAGCUUAUUUACCACCAAUGAGCGUUCACGUGGACACAGACGAACAGACUCAGCUGUGUCUUUGGAGCCUCCUUCACCCGUCACCACACCGUUCUCCAGCUCGCCCGUCUUCCCUUCACCCGAGGAGGUCAGGAGGAUCAGCGUGACGUCGCCCACCGACAGGAGACCCUGGAGAGAUGAGCAACCUCUGAACGUUCUAAUGGAGGAUAUGAGCAUUGCGAAAGACACUGCUGAAAGUAUGAAGGGGGAGGAUCUCAGAUACGCCUAUGAUGCUGUACGGGUGGCCAACAAGUUCCUAGAGAGGCAGCUGUUGUCUCAGAGAGCGCAGUGGGAGCAGGAGAAAUCAGAUCUCAAGAUGAACCUCCAGCUGGCUCAAGACAGAGAUACACCUGGAGAUCCUGAGAUAAAUGAUCUAACAGAGCAGGUGGCGGUUCGAGAACAAGAAUGCGUCCGAUUGCGACGAGAACUAAAGGAACUGAAACACACCGUGAGCCUCAGGAGAAUCCUGUCUUACGCAGGUGUAGCCAUAGCUGCAUCUCAGGACCCAACAUCUCCUGCCCCUCAGAAGAGCCAGAUGCUCACCGGACUGCUGGAGUGCAGGAAGAAAGAUGAGAGCAAGCUGAUCAAACACCUCAUAACAGAUGUGAGGGCAGAGGGUGUCUUGUCUUUGGCCUCUGGACUGGCGGCUCGGGUUCUGUUUCUGUGUGUACGGCAGGCGGACUGUAGCGGCGAUCAGACGCGGGUGAAGGGGCUCUGCAGUGCUGCUGUGAGCGGCUUUAAAACUGCCCUGAAGAAACACGGCAGUGAUCUGGACGUGAUGGCUGUGUGGCUGAAGAACGCUUGCCUGCUGAAAGACCUGCUCAACCAGCACUCUCCCCGCCAGGACAUGAGGGGUUCAGAGGAGCUGGUGCCUCUGGUGACGGACGUGCAGGAGUCUGUCCGGGCGCUCAGUGAUCUGUGUAUUCAGGCCUAUCAGCAGCUGCUGUCCAUCUCUGAGAGUCGCCUGCAACCCAUCAUUGUUCCAGCAAUGCUUGAAAGUGAGACCAUUCCUGGUCUGGCUGGAUCAUCAGUAAAGCUGAGUGCCGGUCGUAAGCGUGCGGGAUCAGAUCUCCGACCUUUAGCCAGUACGGAGGGAGCGACUAUGUCAGCGGUCCUGAGGGAACUGUCAGUGCUGCACACAGCCCUGUCCCGUCAGGAUCUGCCCUCGGCCCUGCAGGAGCAAGCCUUCCAUCAGCUCAUGUACCUGCUGGCCGCCACCACCCUCAACAGCCUGCUGCUGCGCAAAGACAUGUGCUGCUGGAACCGCGGCCUGCAGAUCAGGUAUAAUGUGAGUUUACUGGAGGAGUGGCUGCGCAGUCGUUCGCUGCAGACAGGGGGCGCUGUGACCACGCUGGAGCCGCUCAUACAAGCAGCACAGCUUCUUCAAAUGAGCAAGAAGACUGAAGCUGAUGGACAAGCCAUGGUCCAAGCCUGCAAUGAACUGUCCAACCAGCAGGUUGUGAAGAUUUUAAGCCUCUAUACACCUCAGAGUGACCUUGAGGAGAGAGUAACACUCAAUUUCAUCCGUAUAGUGCAGGGGCUGCUGAAGGGGCGUUCUGAGGGGCAACCUCCACAGCUUCUGAUGGAUGUCAGACGGGUAUUCCCCGUCAUGUUCCCUUAUCUGCCGCCACCGCAAGUCAGUGCCGCCCAGCUCGAAAUCCCAGAGUCCCUCAAGAUCUCCUUCCUACGCAGAGUCUGAUGUGGGUGUUCCUUUACCUCCUGAAAUGCAUUUGUUUUUUUUUGCCUUUGUUGUCUUACAUCAUUUUAAAAUGACAUCUAGGCAUUUUGUGUAUGUCAUGCUAAUUUUAGGCACAUUUUAAAUGUAGAAUUAUGUUAGCUUGACAAACCCAAAAUAUUAUCUAUUCCUCCCUCAUAUUUCUCCCUCCUUUAAAAACACUAAAUUCAAAUUUGAAAUAUAAAAAUUUUAAACUUACAUGUCAGGCCAAAUAAAAUCAAAUUCUAUCUUGAUGUA